GAUCGUGUUGUGUCUCGAAUUGAAAUAUCUCCAUCCAUCAUUUAUUUCAGCAUACCUAACCCCUUUCUCCAUCCACCUAUAUAAACUGAUUGCUGUGGAUGAACUCUACGACGCUACAUUCAUUGGAUAGUGGUAUCCAAGUGAGGAGAUACACAGUUUAAUUCAGGAGAAGAAAAAUGGAAGGAUCUUCCUUGCGUGACCGUCGGUCCUGUGCUUUGGCAAGCAACGGCAAAGACAAGAAAGGCGGAGGAAAAAGACCGGCUGGGAAAGCUGCGAAGCUGUCAACUGACGCACAAAGCGUAGCUGCUCGGGAAAGGCGGCACAGAAUCAGUGAAAGGUUCAAGAUUUUGCAGAGCUUGGUCCCUGGCGGAAGUAAGAUGGAUACGGUUUCCAUGUUGGAGGAGGCCAUUCACUAUGUCAAGUUCCUCAAGACACAGAUAUGGCUUCACCAGACCAUGAUCAAUUUUGUGGAUACUGAUCCCUCCUUGCCCCUUCCUUCAGCAUAUCAUCUUCCUGCAAACCAAGCCGAUGAUCUGUAUUCACGGCUCAAUAUGCAGGGCGAUCAAACGAAUGCAUUGGCAGCAUUACCGCAGCUAGGAUUUGCAUAUUCUGGUCCCCUGUGCGGAGAAAGUAUAUCGCUUGACAAAACUUUCCUUUACUAG